AUAAAAAAAGCAAGGGACAGAAAGGGAGGGAAGUGGGAAAAAGAGUGGAGAGAAAGCGAAGAGAGGGUAAAAAGGGGAGAAAAGGAAGGUGUGAUGGUAGGAGUAAGCGAGGGGUGAAAAAGAUAAAGAGCGAAAAGCAAGAAAGAGGCGAAGUGAAAGAAGAGUGA